AUGGUUAGACAAGCACAGUUUGAUAUUUAUCAGCUACUUCUCAGCAAUCGCGUUCAAGAAACAAUCUCUAAGAGGAAGCAUAUCUGUGAAGACAAGACAAGGUUAGCGGCCUACGCUCAGGUCCAAUACUUCUGCUCAUUCAUCUUGCAGAAUUUUUCUAAUUUAAAACAUCAAAGCGAUGUUCAUCUCUUACCGGAAGAAAGUAAAGAAGCAAUCGCCGGACUUAUAUUUUCCGCAUCAAGAAUCGGGGAGCUGAAUGAGCUUAAAUUCAUAAGGAGCUUGUUCUUCGAGAGAUUUGGGCUUCAGUUUGACAGACACAGUGUAGACUUGCGUCCAGGGAACCUCGUUAGUUCGGAGAUAAUAAAGCUUUUCGUCAAGAAGAUGCCGCAAGAUGCAAUGAGUCCAGAGACUAUAGUGGAAAGCAACAUCGCUGCUUCUGUUGAAUCAGUAACUGAAGAUUCAGUUUCAACUGAUAAUCUUGGCUUCAGAGAUUCUGAUGUGGUGAAGAUAGAGAUAUUCAAAACAUGGAUUGGGAGAAAGAACAUUAUGAAGGAUAGUUCAAAGUUUCUGCAUCUAAAUCUUGUAGAGUCUCAAGGAAGCAAAUCGAUCAUUGUUCAUGAGAUAAGAGUUUGA